GAGACAAAGCCCUAAAAGAAAGAAAUUUGGAUAAGGGAGAAAGUAUUCAAGAACCAUGCAAGCCAACAGUAGCCAACUGUUUAGUCCUUCAGGAACUGCAAGCAGUGAGGCUAUCUCAGCCUCCCAAUGUGUCCAUACAAGAUCAACAGGAGAAGGAUCAUGUCUUCAUUCUGGAGAUGUUCAUAUCCAGAUAGACUCCAUACCUAAAGAAUGUGCUGAAAACUUAAGCUCCAGAAAUACAAAGUCAGGUGCCUGCAGCUGGACCCAUGGAUGUGGACAUAGUCACUUACGGAGUCACUCACACAGUGAAGUAAGGCAACCAGAUGAUACUGCCACAGAGUCUGGAGAAAAUGGUAGCAACUCCUUCUCAGAAUUCUGCUAUCUUUUCAAGUGGUUGCAAAAAAGUCUUCCAUAUAUCUUGAUUUUGGGUGUCAAACUUGUUAUGCAGCAUAUAACAGGAAUUUCUCUUGGAAUUGGGCUGCUAACAACUUUUAUAUAUGCAAACAAAAGCAUUGUAAAUCAGGUUUUUCUAAGAGAAAGGUGCUCAAAGAUUCAAUGUGCUUGGUUACUGGUAUUCUUAGCAGGAUCUUCUGUUCUUUUAUAUUACACCUUUCAUUCUCAGUCACUGUAUUACAGCUUAAUUUUUUUAAAACCUACUUUGGACCAUUUGAGCUUCUGGGAAAUACUUUGGAUUGUUGGGAUUACAGACUUCAUUCUGAAAUUCAUUUUCAUGGACUUAAAAUGCCUCAUUUUAUUGGUGCCUUCUUUCAUCAUGCCUUUUAAAUCCAAGGGUUUCUGGUAUAUGCUUCUAGAAGAAUUAUGUCAGUAUUACCGAACUUUUGUUCCCAUACCAGUUUGGUUUCGGUACCUUAUCAGCUAUGGGGCGUUUGGUAAUAUAACUAGAUGGAGUCUUGGGAUAUUGCUGGCUUUACUCUACCUCAUUUUGAAACUUUUGGACUUUUUUAGACACCUGAGAGCUUUCAGACAGGUUUUGCGAGUAUUUUUUACACGACCAAGUUAUGGAGUGGCUGCCAGCAAGAGACAGUGUUCAGAUGUGGAUGAUAUUUGUUCAAUCUGUCAAGCUGAAUUUCAGAAACCAAUUCUUCUCAUCUGUCAGCAUAUAUUUUGUGAAGAAUGCAUUACCUUAUGGUUUGACAGAGAGAAAACAUGUCCGCUGUGCAGAACUGUAAUUUCAGACCAUAUAAACAAAUGGAAAGAUGGAUCUACUUCUUCACACCUUCAAAUAUAUUAAGACUUAUAAACUAUUAAGGCCACAAAACACCAAUUUCAUUUGGCUGCAAUGACUAUUCAGGCAUUAGAAUAAGUUUUCAUGGCUAGAAGAAAAAUGUUUCCAAACGUUUUUAGAUGAUACGAUUUAAGUACAUAGUCCAUUUUAGCAAAAGAUUAGUGAAAGAACUCUGUACUUUUAAAAAAUGUAAGUAAUGUUCAACCUAAUGUGUUUCCAGCAUUUCUUCUAAUUCUUGGACAGGUAAUUGCAGUGUUAAAAUGUAAAUGUGUUUUCUUGUUAAUGUUACCAAAUCAGCAAUUGGAUAACUAGAACUAGAGAUUUUAAAGGAACUCAGGUAUUUGUUUCCUGACAUUGUUUUCAGAAUAAAGAAUAUUUUUUCAUAAUAUUUUAAAAUACACCUUACCUGAAACUAGAAUUUUCUUUAACAUUGACUUUUGUAAUUCCCAUUCUCAAAAAUUCUCAAUAUUUUCAUAAAAUUAUUUUUAAAUGAAAGUUCUAAAUGCUGUAAUUUAUCUGUAACAAUCAGAUUUUCUAAGUAAAGAUUAAUUUACUGAGGAUGAUAUAUUUUAAUAUUGUAUUCUCUUAGUAUGGUAAGUAAGCAGUGAUAAUAAAUGAUUUCAAUUCA